AUGGUGGAGCGUCAAAGCGGCCGGAAGCUCAAAAUUCUCAAAACGGAUGGUGGAGCUGUUUUUCUGGAAGUCUUUGUUGCUGGAUGUUUGGUUCUGGAUUCUUGGUUGUAUGAACUUUUUUGGAUAGAAGGAGCUUUUAUUCAAGGUUUGGGUUGGGUUGCUUUAGAAGAACUUAAAUGGGGAGAUGCAGCUCAUAAAUGGAUCCCCUCUGGGUGGCUUAACACUUGUGGACCUGGAGCUUAUAAAAUUCCUUCUAUAAAUGACGUUCCCUUGAAAUUUAAUGUCUCACUUCUGAAGGGUCAUCCAAAUGUAAAGGCAAUCCAUUCGUCUAAAGCAGUUGGCGAGCCUCCGUUUUUCCUAGCAUCAGCUGUAUUCUUUGCCUUAAAGGAUGCCAUCCUAGCUGCAAGAAUUGAAAUGGGGCGCGCUGAGUGGUUUCCUCUCGAUAGUCCAGCAACUCCUGAGAGAAUUCGGAUGGCUUGUUUAGACGAAUUUACAUCAUCUUUUGUUAAUUCAGAUUUCUGUCCCAAACUUAGUGUCUGA